AUGGCGGACAGCAGGAGCAUUAGCUUGGAGGAUAUCAAGAAAGAAAAUGUUGAUCUUGAGAACAUACCAGUGGAAGAAGUAUUUAUGACCCUACAAUGUUCAAAGGAGGGACUAACCACAUCUGAAGCUGAAAGGAGGCUGCAAGUUUUUGGCCAAAACAAGCUUGAAGAGAAAAAGGAAAGCAAGCUCCUAAAGUUUUUGGGUUUCAUGUGGAACCCACUGUCAUGGGUCAUGGAAAUAGCUGCAAUCAUGGCCAUUGUUUUGGCCAAUGGACAGGGGAAACCUCCAGAUUGGCAAGACUUUGUUGGCAUAAUGGCAUUGCUCAUCAUCAACUCUACAAUCAGUUUCAUUGAAGAGAACAAUGCUGGCAAUGCCGCUGCCGCACUUAUGGCCGGGCUCGCCCCCAAGACUAAGGUGCUGCGAGAUGGGAGGUGGAGCGAGCAGGAAGCAGCGAUCCUAGUGCCCGGGGACAUAGUGAGCAUCAAGUUAGGUGACAUAAUCCCGGCAGACGCUCGACUCCUGGAUGGUGACCCACUCAAGAUAGACCAGUCGGCCCUGACUGGGGAGUCCCUCCCCGUGACCAAGCACCCGGGGAGCGGCGUCUACUCCGGCUCCACUUGCAAGCAGGGAGAGAUCGAGGCCGUGGUUAUUGCCACCGGGAUCAACACCUUUUUCGGUAAGGCGGCCCACCUAGUAGACAGCACCCAGAACGUGGGCCACUUCCAAAUGGUGCUCACGGCCAUCGGCAACUUCUGCAUCUGCUCCAUUGCGCUCGGGAUUGUGAUAGAAUUGGUGGUGAUGUACCCGAUACAGAAAAGAAGAUACAGAGAUGGGAUAGAUAAUCUUCUGGUGCUGUUGAUCGGUGGGAUCCCUAUCGCCAUGCCCACUGUGCUGUCGGUCACCAUGGCGAUCGGGUCCCACAGGCUGUCGCAGCAAGGGGCCAUUACCAAGAGGAUGACUGCCAUCGAGGAGAUGGCCGGGAUGGAUGUGCUCUGUAGUGACAAGACUGGGACCCUUACACUCAACAAGCUCACUGUCGACAAAUCCUUGAUCGAGGUCUUUGUAAGAGAUUUGGACAAGGAGCAAGUCAUAUUGGUCGGGGCUAGAGCUUCCAGGGUGGAAAAUCAGGACGCUAUAGACGCUUGCAUUGUUAAUAUGCUACCUGAUCCCCGUGAGGCAAGAGCAGGGAUUACUGAGGUGCAUUUCCUUCCAUUUAACCCUGUCGAAAAGCGUACCGCCAUUACUUACAUAGACGCCAAUGGUAAUUGGCACCGAGCUAGCAAAGGUGCACCCGAACAGAUCGUCGAGCUGUGUGGCCUUAGAGAGGAUGUGAAGAGAAAAGUCCACUCCAUCAUUGACAAGUUUGCUGAGCGCGGCCUUCGAUCUCUUGCUGUCGCUCAGCAGGAUGUACCUGAGAAGAGCAAGGAGAGCGCAGGGAGUCCGUGGGUCUUUGUGGGCCUGCUUCCACUCUUCGAUCCACCAAGGCACGACAGUGGGGAGACGAUAAAACGAGCCUUGAACCUUGGUGUGAACGUGAAGAUGAUCACGGGCGAUCAGCUAGCAAUUGCCAAGGAGACGGGCCGUAGGCUUGGGAUGGGCACAAACAUGUACCCGUCAUCGUCUCUUCUCGGACAACACAAAGACGAGAGCAUUGCCCACCUCCCUGUCGAGGAGCUCAUCGAGAAAGCUGAUGGCUUUGCCGGCGUCUUUCCUGAGCACAAGUACGAGAUCGUGAAGAAGUUACAAGAGAGGAAUCACAUAUGUGGGAUGACAGGAGAUGGAGUGAAUGACGCCCCUGCGCUGAAAAAGGCAGACAUCGGCAUCGCGGUGGCAGAUGCAACCGACGCAGCCCGUAAUGCUUCCGACAUUGUUCUCACAGAGCCCGGCCUCAGUGUUAUCGUGAGCGCUGUGCUCACUUCGCGGGCAAUCUUCCAGCGCAUGAAGAACUACACCAUCUAUGCUGUGUCCAUCACAAUCCGUAUUGUGCUGGGUUUCAUGCUUCUCGCCCUCAUCUGGAAAUUCGACUUCUCCCCAUUCAUGGUCCUCAUCAUCGCCAUACUCAACGACGGCACAAUCAUGACCAUAUCGAAGGACAAGGUCCGUCCGUCCCCAAUGCCCGAUUCCUGGAAGCUCAAGGAGAUCUUCGCAACUGGGGUCGUCUUUGGGGCCUACCUCGCCAUCAUGACAGUCGUCUUUUUUUGGGCAGCCCACCAGUCCAAUUUUUUUACUGACAAAUUUGGGGUGCACCCGAUCAGGGACAACUACAGAGAGCUCAACUCGGCAGUCUAUCUCCAAGUCAGCAUAGUCAGCCAGGCUCUAAUCUUCGUCACCCGCUCCAGGAGUUGGUCUUACGUUGAGCGCCCUGGACUUCUCCUUGUCUUCGCCUUCUUUGUGGCACAGUUGGUUGCCACUCUAAUAGCUGUGUAUGCAAACUGGGGAUUCGCAAGGAUUCACGGCUUGGGCUGGGGAUGGGCCGGUGUCAUAUGGCUCUACAGCAUCAUCUUUUACGUCCCCCUCGACAUCUUCAAGUUCAUCGUACGCUAUGCAUUGAGUGGCAAAGCCUGGAAAAAUAUGAUCGACAAUAGGACGGCAUUUACGUCUAAGAAGGAUUACGGGAGAGGAGAAAGGGAAGCUCAGUGGGCCAUGGCUGAAAGAACUCUUCACGGCCUUCAGAUCCCACAGAGUUCGGAGCUCUUUAGCGACAAAAACAACUACAGAGAGUUGUCUGAAAUAGCUGAGCAGGCCAUGAAACGUGCUGAAGUUGCAAGGAUGAGGGAGAUUCACACUCUGAAGGGGCACGUUGAAGCAGUUGUGAAGCUUAAGGGCCUAGAUGUUGAGACCAUUAACCAAAACUACACAGUUUGA